AUGACCAACACGCACAAGAGCUUGCUGUUCUUGCCGCUUUUCCUUCUUGCACAUGUCCUCGCUGUCACCGGCGCCGACGCAGAAGCACCAAAUGCGCUUACAACGAAUACAACAUGCACUUAUGAUCACCUCGCACGCACUCACACCUCGCCCGACCGUCGACAACGCUGGUGGUCCAAGUUGAGCGAGUUUCUGCUGCUGCAUCUCCCCGGGGACGCCUAUUCAGAUGAACAAGGCUUCUUUAACGACCUACAACUUGCGCUGAACACAGUCCCACCUAGCCGCGCUGACGACCUGGACCCGGAUGAGCUCUGCAGUCCGCGCCACCAGCUAUUUCCACGCGAUCAGCAGGUGCUGAAGACGAAAUGCCGCGUAAAACCUGUUCAUUACCAUCCGGGAUGGAACGGAGAUAUUCCAAAUUAUACCCCCACCGACUCCAACGGCAAUCCACUCCCCACACAAACAAUAGGAGAUGGCCACGGUGGCUUUGGUCAAGAAAUUAUUGGUGUAAACACGAGAUGCCCUUACAAUAACGUUGGGCCUGGUGCUACCGUUGCUACCAACACGAGCACAGGCCCGAACGGCCAAUUUACAUGGCUGACAUGUGGCCUCGAUCCCAAGAAUAACAGCAUUGGGUGGACACCGCCCUAUGCUACCGCCGACCAGGUCAUCACCUUCCAAGGUGGGCUGCGUGCGGCUAUUAAAGCCGAAGGAAGUCCCUACAAAUCUUGCGCCAAGUUUGUGGAGCUUUUCGAGACGGCCGGCGCCGAGUUCCAGGUUCCUCCACUGUUCAUUGCCGCCUUUGCACUUCAAGAAUCCGGUUGCAAUCCUGAUAUUGAUGGAGCCGGUGGAGAGCAAGGUAUGAUGCAAAUCAGUCCGGAAAAGUGCGAUAAGGCGCCUGGAGGAAACUGCAAGGACGUUAUUUACAAUGUUCGAACCGCCGUCAAAUACUUUAGCGACGUCUUGAAGUCUGUCAACGGCAACGUCUUCGAGGCAGUGGGACUUUACAACGGCUGGAUACGUGGAAUGUCAUACAAGGAGAGCACCACUUGGGGUAUCAACGGCGAUUGCUGUAGAUGUCAGCGCAACCUGAGCUAUCUUUCUCAAUUCUUCAACGGCUGGCUCCAAAACAUGGACGCCUGGGCGCUCAUGCUGGGCUCGAUCCACAACACGGCCGACUGUCCCGCUUGA